AAAACCUAAGCGGGAAAAGCAGAAAAUUUUGAUAUAAGUGAAUAAAAGAAAAGAAAAAAAACAAUAUUAAAAUAAUAUAAAUUGUAUAGUUUUUGUAAUACAAUGACAACCGGCUUAAAGGCCACAGUAAUUGCAGUGCUCUGCAUUACUGUAACGUUAAUACAAAAUGCUGAAUUGCGUCCCCAAAAAUCAAUGCCCAAUGUGGGUACAAACUGCGGUUAUGCGAGUUGUCCCAAAACCAAGCCUCAUAUGCUAAAUGUUCACUUAAUACCCCAUACCCAUGAUGAUGUGGGCUGGCUAAAGACAGUCGAUCAAUAUUAUUAUGGCAGUGAAACAUUAAUACAAAAAGCCGGUGUCCAAUAUAUCUUGGACUCUGUGGUACAGGAAUUACUAAAAGAUCCCCAAAAACGUUUUAUUUAUGUGGAGUCGGCUUUCUUUUUCAAAUGGUGGCGUGAGCAAACGCCCGAACUGCAGGAACAGGUUAAAAUGUUGGUGAAUGAGGGGCGUUUGGAAUUUAUUGGUGGUGCUUGGAGUAUGAACGAUGAGGCCACAACACAUUAUCAGAGUAUUAUAGAUCAAUUCGCUUGGGGUUUGAGACGCCUCAACGACACCUUUGGCGAAUGUGGCCGUCCUCGCAUUGGCUGGCAAAUCGAUCCCUUUGGUCAUUCACGUGAAAUGGCUUCUAUGUUUGCACAAAUGGGUUUCGAUGGUCUGUUCUUUGGCCGACUCGAUUACCAAGACAAAGAUGAAAGACUAAUGACCAAAAAAGCCGAAAUGAUAUGGAGAGCUUCGGCUAAUUUAGAUGAAGCGGCUCACCUCUUCACUGGUGCAUUGUACAAUCAAUAUCAACCACCGCCUGGUUUCUGUUUCGACAUCUUAUGUGCCGAUGAGCCAAUUAUAGAUGGUAAACAUUCACCUGAUAAUAAUGUUAAAAGGAGGGUUGAUGAAUUUUUCGCUAUAGCGCAUAAUAUGUCCCAGGGUUAUCGCACCAAUCAUAUUUUGGUAACCAUGGGUGAGGAUUUUCAUUAUCAAAAUGCCAAUAUGUGGUAUAAGAAUUUGGAUAAACUUAUAAAAUAUGCCAAUGCCCGCCAAGCCAAUGGCUCUGACAUAAACCUGCUCUACUCUACCCCUUCGUGUUAUCUCAAAUCUCUACACGAUGCUGGUAUUACUUGGCCCACCAAAGAUGAUGAUUUCUUCCCCUAUGCCUCGGAUCCUCAUGCCUACUGGACUGGCUAUUUCACCUCAAGACCCACACUCAAGCGCUACGAGCGAGUAGGCAACAAUUUCCUACAAGUUUGUAAACAACUUACCGCCUUGGCACCCAACUUGUAUCCCGAACUGUUGCCCCACUUGGGUUUUAUGCGUGAAACUAUGGGCGUGAUGCAACAUCAUGAUGCUGUAACGGGCACGGAAAAACAAAAGGUGGCCUUUGAUUAUGCCAGGCGCUUAAGUGUAGGCAUGCGUACUUGCAGUGCCAAUGCUCGUGCUGUUUUGAAUCGUUUGACCCAGGGCGAUCCACCACGUCCCAAGCGACAUGGCAAACCUAGACCUUUCCAAUUUGAAUUUAAGACUUGUUCAUUGCUUAACAUCAGCAGCUGUGAGGUAUCGGAGAAGAGUGAACAAUUUGUGCUGACUUUGUACAAUCCCCUGUCACAUUCGACUGAUGAUUAUGUGAGGCUACCGGUGCCGGAUGUUAAUUAUGUGGUAACGGAUUAUAAGAAUGUGGUUCUCGACAUUCAAUACGUACCCGUGCCCGUCCAACUACAAAACCUUACAUACCGCGAAUCACAAGCCAAGUACGAGCUUAUAUUCCUGGCCAGCGAACUGCCCUCAUUUGGCUACAAAUCCUAUUACAUAAAGAAAACCAAUGGCCAUCACAUGAAACCACAACCAGAUCCAGAUAAUAUGUCAAGCUUAGUAGAUAUAGGCAAUGAGAACAUACGCCUAACAUUCGACACCAAUGGUUUCCUAGCGGCUGUAGAGGCCGAUGGCAUGACUCGUAUGAUUAGCCAAGAAUUCCUAUACUAUGAUGCUGCCAUAGGCAAUAAUCGUGAAUUCCGCAAUCGUUCUUCGGGAGCCUAUAUUUUCCGACCCAAAACCGAUAGUGUGCAUACCGUGGCUGUGGCCCCAGAAAUCACAGUUUAUCGUGGUGAUUUAGUGGAGGAAGUACAUCAAAAAUUCAACAGCUGGAUUAGUCAAGUGGUGAGAGUGUAUAAGCAACAGAAAUAUGCUGAAUUUGAGUGGUUGGUGGGACCCAUACCCAUUGACGAUGGUGUUGGUAAGGAAAUAAUAACACGUUUCAAUUCUGACAUCAAAUCGGAGGGUAUAUUCUAUACCGAUUCCAAUGGCCGGGAAAUGAUUAAACGCCUGAAAGAUCAUCGUGAUACUUGGAGGGUUAAGCUGCUGGAAAAGGCAGCUGGCAAUUAUUAUCCCAUCACUACAAAAAUAGCUUUAGAAGAUGAAAAUGCCCGCUUAGCUAUUUUGACAGAUCGUGCCCAGGGUGGCAGUUCUUUGGGAGAUGGUUCUUUGGAGCUUAUGAUUCAUAGACGUCUGUUGCAUGAUGAUGCUUUUGGUGUGGAGGAGUCAUUGAAUGAAACGGCUUAUGGUCAGGGUUUGGUAGCCAGAGGUAUACACUAUUUGAUAAUGGGCUCCUCGCAAUUGGAUCAAAGUCCUACAACCCAAUCUCUGGAGCGUUUCACUCAACUGGAGAGGACUCUGCAGCCAUGGAGAUUCUUUAGUGAUACCAAGUAUUCGUAUGAAGAAUGGAGACAGCAAUUUACUAAUAUUUUCACAGGCCUCUCCAUUUCCUUGCCCAAAAACAUACACCUGCUAACCUUUGAACCCUGGCAUGAGAAUGAAAUCUUAGUACGUUUCGAACACAUACUGGAAAAAGACGAAGAUCCCGAAUACUCCAAAUUUGUGCAAUUUGAUAUAAAUGAGGUUUUCCAAGGCUUCAAAAUUACCAACAUAAGAGAAACCACACUCGAUGGUAAUGCCUGGUUAGAUGAAAAUCGCCGCAUGGAAUUUGUACCUGAUCCUGAAGAUUCCUGGUAUGAAAAUUAUGCUGUCUUUGCCAAAUCUGCCAAUCAUGUACAAUUGCUUAAAGCAGACAAGCCCUUAGUAGCCACCGACUAUCACGAGGAGCUUUUGCCUAUUGGUGGUUUGGGUGCUGAAAGUAAUCGCUUGAAACGUGAUUACGGCUCGAGUCACAAAGAGUUGAAUCGUUUGCGUAUGGAGAAAUUGAAGCUGCUGAAGUUAACAGUUGCCGAAUUGCCUCUGCAAUACAAUGAUGAUCGUAAAUUUAUGAUUGAAUUGAGCGCCAUGCAAAUAAGAACAUUUGUAAUGUAUUUGUAAGACUUUAAAAGGAGGGAGAGAAUUUCAAGAUGGAAUAAUUAUAAUAAAGUGAAAUAAAACACAAAAAUUGUAAUCUUAAAUUAACUAAGAAUCAAAUAAAAUUUAUUUACAGCAUAACAA